UCAAACCAAUAAACUUUCCUGCCUCUUUCAUUGAAUUUACCUUUCCCUAAAACAAAAAAAGAGUCCUGUAGAGUAUGUCUUUGUUCUACAGUGACAUUUUAUUGAACAGUCCUGUAACUUGAAACCAUUCUCUGAAUUCAAUCAGAGCAUGUGUCAGGUGGCUAACAAACAGGGACCUCCCAUGUAAUGUGGGGCUUAUAAAUAAACAGUCUAUAUCUGGCUAGUUCAGUUGUCAGGCCGAGCCCAGUUGGUUAUCUUCACCUUUAUAUUCAUACUGUGUCUUUUGAAGGACGUCAGCUUUCAAAUGUGGAAAUUGCGACCUCCACUAGAAUUACCACUGGCUUCGAAAUACAAGUCUGUUAUUGAGACUUUGUCAAGAGACACUGGAACUGUGAUUAAGAUUUCUAGGCUGUCUGCAGAGGAGGAGUUUCCAGAGCUUCAUAGAAACUAUACACUUAUGGCCAGGGUGCUAACAGUGCCAAUGUAUAAGCGCCUUUGUCAGAAAGUCACAGAAAGUGGCUUCACCUUUGAUGAUGUUAUACAGCCAGGUUUAGAAGAUCCUGGUGACCCUGCCAGAGUGACUGUUGGCUGUGUGGCUGGAGAUGCUGAAUCCUACAAUCUUUUUUGUGAAUUUUUUGACUGCAUCAUCAAACUUUGCCACCAUGGCUUCCAAAUGACACAGAGCCAAAAGAGCAACUUCAACCUGCACAACUUAAAGGGAGCUGAGACCCUUGACGGUGAUUAUGUAUUGAGCUGUGAGAUGCAAAUUUGCCGGAAUGUUGAAGGCUUCUCGUUCCCAACACACUGCAGCAGAGGAGAACGCCGGCAACUGCAGAGUUUGGCUAAGCAAGCCUUUACCAAAAUGGACACAGCCUUUCCAGGUAAAUACUGGCCACUACAUGAAUUGGCACAGGAGGCAACAGAUCCAGGUGUGAAUGAUUGUAUAGCCAGUGGCCCCUCUGUGAUGAUGAUGAGGACUGGAGUGGCCAGAGACUGGCCUGAUGCUCGUGGUGUCUGGAUAAGUCAGAAUGAAACAGUCUACAUAUGGGUUAACAUGGAAGAACAUCUUCAGAUAACGUCUAAACAGGAAGAUGGGAGCAUAAAAGAAGCCUUCGGACUUGCAAUCAACGUUGUGAGAAAGCUUGGAGAGAUGUAUAAAGAACUGAAACAUCCUUUCAUCUGGAAAGACCACCUUGGCUACGUGCUCAGCUCGCCAGCAGUGGUUGGAACAGGACUAAAGGCCACUGUUCAAGUCAAGCUGAAUCACAUCUCCAAGCACCCUAAAUUUGAGGAUAUACUCAGCCGACUGUGCUUAGGUGCCUCUGGGAGUGGAGUCUGCACAAUUUUCAACAAGCGCACGGCCGGAGUAACCGAAGUCGAGCUCCUUCAGUUGGUAGUGGAUGGCAUUAAAUUGCUGAUAGACAUGGACAAGAGCCUUGGACUGGGAGAAGCCAUUGAUUGCCUCUAUCCAACUCAAAAGUAAAAACAAAGACAUCUGCAGCUUAGGAGAGGAAGAUGACAGAAUGAUAGCAACUGAAUGGCAGAAACAGAUGAUACAAAUUUUCAGGUGAUGUACCUCUCAUAUAAGGAAGAUAUAAGCUCUGAAGUACUUUAAUGAGGUCUUUUCUCUUUGGUGUACAAAAGUGACAAAUAAAACGACAGGUAAGACUUGUAACAACUUUAAUAAACUGUGCAAUCUUU